AUGUCUACUCCCAUGGAAAAGAUUUUUUCUCAUUUGUUUCGAUCACAUCGAAAUCGCAAAAACCAAAGUUUUCACUAUUUUUAUCUCAUUAAUGAGGAUGAAAUUAACAGACUACAAUUCCAGCAUUACGUUUAUCAACAAGUAUGGGGAAGCAAUUUUUCUGCUCCCGUAACAGAAUUAUUGAAAACCGAUGGCACAAGAAUCCUUGAUGUUGG